GAAACAACCCAUCCAAGCCCUUCAUCCUUGCUAAUUAAAUUGAUUUUGCUUUUGACUGUGAUAAACAUCACAAAACUUGCACCACAUGGCUGCCAUGAACUCUAGCGUAUUGGCUUGUAGCUAUGCCAUAUCGGGUUCAGGAUGUUCUGAGCUCAAUUCGAAGCUCACUUCCGUGUCCUUGGUUGCAUCACCAUCGGUCUCUGGUUACAAGUUGCCCAUGAUCAAGGCCCAAAAGGCCAUAGUUCCAAAAGCCGAAGAAUCUCAAGCAAGUGAAGGAAGGAGAAAUGCCCUUUUUCUCUUGGCAGCUACCCUUUUCACCACAGCAGCCGCAGCCUCCAAUUCUUCAGCCAAUGCUGGAGUCAUUGAAGAAUACCUUGAAAAGAGCAAGGCCAACAAGGAAUUGAAUGACAAGAAGAGGCUAGCUACUAGUGGAGCAAACUUUGCAAGAGCGUACACCGUGCAAUUCGGCACUUGCAAGUUCCCUGAGAACUUCACUGGUUGUCAAGAUCUUGCCAAACAAAAGAAAGUCCCAUUCAUUUCUGAUGAUUUGGAACUUGAAUGCGAAGGAAAGGACAAAUACAAGUGCGGUUCUAAUGUUUUCUGGAAAUGGUGAAGGGGGCAACAUUUCCAUGCCCAUCUGUUCUCUUUGAAAUGUACCAAACUUCUCCUUGAAAAUAUACCAUAUUUCUCUGCAAUACUUUUAUUUUUAUUAUUAUUAUUAUUAUUAUUAUUAGUAUAAUGGUGAUGAUGAUGUUAUUGGUUUUUAUCUGGUUUAAAAAUAAAUCAGAUAAAUUAUUAAAUUUGAUCCAGUAGCAAGAGAUUUGAUUAGUUUGUAUU